UCCCUGGAUAGCCAUCUGUCCAUCCUGCCGCCCCGGCUGGCCAGCCCACACCUGGUGGGUGGCAAGGCGGCCCUCACGCUGGCGCUAGUCGUGGGCCAGUUCCUCGGCUGCUGGCUGCCUUUCUUUGCCGCCUGUCUGCUGCCCGGCCGCUGGAGCGUCGGCGUGGAGGUGGCCCUCACCUGGCUGGCCUAUUCCUCCUUCGCCGCCCACCCCUUCCUCUACGGCCUCCUGCAGCGGCCCGUGCGCGAGGAGCUGAGCCGCCUGGCCCGAGCCUGGCUCCAAGCCGUCCCAGGCCCCUGGCACUGCCCCCCUGGAGCGUGGCUCCCCCAAAGCUUCCUGAAGCUUCUCCGGGGAGACCCAGAGAGCCCGGCCCUGGAUCCUUCUGCCAGCCAGGAGGCAAACACCAUGACUGCAGAGGGGCCUGGCCUGGACCACGGAGAGCCCACCUGAAAGAGGGGACGGCGGGCAGGGGGUGAGCUUCAGG